AUGGAUAUGGACGCUCAGCCACAAGGACAGCAAGCCGCCGUGCCAGUGUUUCAACCACAGAAACCUUUGCAGCCUGACAUGGGCAAUUCACUUGCUAACUUCCAAAUUGAGAAGAAAAUAGGCCGGGGACAAUUCAGUGAAGUUUACCGGGCUAGGUAUCUAUUAGACAACACAUCUGUGGCCCUGAAGAAAGUCCAGAUAUUUGACUUGAUGGAUGACAAAGCUCGGCAGGAUUGCAUCAAAGAGAUUGAUCUCCUUAAGCAACUGAAUCAUCCAAAUGUGAUAAAGUAUCAUGCGUCUUUUAUUGAGGACAAUGAGCUCAACAUAGUACUGGAGCUAGCCGAUGCUGGAGACCUCUCACGUAUGAUCAAGCACUUUAAGAAACAGCGGAGGCUUAUCCCAGAAAGAACUGUGUGGAAGUACUUUGUCCAGCUUUGCAGCGCACUUGAGCAUAUGCACUCCCGGAGAGUCAUGCACAGAGAUAUCAAGCCUGCAAAUGUAUUCAUCACAGCUACAGGUGUAGUGAAGCUAGGAGAUCUAGGACUGGGACGAUUCUUCAGCUCCAAAACGACGGCUGCUCACUCUCUUGUGGGUACUCCAUACUACAUGUCACCCGAGAGGAUACAUGAAAACGGAUACAACUUCAAAUCGGACAUCUGGUCGCUAGGAUGCCUGCUCUACGAGAUGGCAGCCCUGCAGAGUCCAUUUUAUGGCGAUAAGAUGAACCUUUACUCUCUUUGUAAGAAGAUAGAACAGUGUGACUACCCUCCUCUUCCAUCAGAUCACUACUCAGAGGAACUGAGGAAUUUGGUAGAUAUGUGCAUCAAUCCAGACCCGGAGAAGAGGCCGGACAUCACCUACGUGUACGACAUGGCCAAACACAUGCAGAACCUGACGCAGGGCAGCUAA